AUGUCACUGAAAUAUUUCUUGCUUUUGUUGGUGAUUCUUUUCCAUCAAGUGCUCUCAAAUGAAGCGAAUGAGGAGAGAAUGCGUGCAAAACGGAGUGUUGCGAGAGUGUUGACUUUCUUCACCGAUCCAGCUCCAUGCCAAACAGAGAAAGGAGCGUGCGUUCAAUUGAUGUGUGAUCAAUGCUGUAAAGAUUGUAAUCCAUGCGACGAGAAUAUUCAUGAAUGGAUUCACGGAGUCUGGGCAUCGCGGGUGCUCAACGAACAGACGGAGACCUUCACGAGUUUGUGGCUGAAAGCUGGA